GCUACGAGCACAGAUACAGAAUUGCGUUCUACGCUUUCUUCAUACUUCCCUUGCAACAAUGUCUUUGCCACAGCUAUCCAUUCACCUUUCAGAGGACACCCCCUCUGCCGUGCUAAGUCCAAUCGGGUCCAGCCCUAUGGAUCGUGUACAUGGCAGUACGGCUACUAUCGGUAGAAAUCCAUCACUGCAAAGGUCCAAGAGUGUCAAGAACGGAAAGUCAAACAAGAACGCAGUGGUCGCCAAGAAAGCGCGGGAUUUGAAAGGGUCGUUGUCCACUUUCAUGGACAACAUUGAUCCCAUAAUAAAGGUCUUGGAGGGAAUCGCCCAGGUCCAUCCCGCAGUCGCUGGCACGGUGGCUGUUUUUAGCACGUUGUUUAAAAUGGAGGUGACCCGACGAGAGAACGACGAAAGGCUCCUAGCCCUGUACGUUCAAAUCAAGGAGAUGAUGUCAUGUUUGAUACGGUUGAAGACAGUUGAGCUUGGACGCGAGAUGGACGACCUUCAGGCCAUUAUGAAAGAGGCGGAGACUGACAUAACAAACUGCGGCAAUAUUUGCGAGGCCUACAAGAAGAAGAAAUGGGCUGUCAAGGCUUUGACGAGUAUGGGAUGGGAGAAGAAACUCACUGAGCUUGGCAGAAAAUUCAUCAGGAGACGCAGUGAGAUCGAACAAGUCCUCACGGACUACAUUGCGAUAUGCGUGGGCUCAGUUCAGACCGACGUCCGUGAAAUUUCUGCGGAUGUCAAGUUCGUAAGGGAACACAUCACAAUCUUCAUGGAAGUCUUCCGAUCGAGUGACCCCAAGCCGUUGGCGGAGAUGAAGGAAUUAGCCAAGAAAAAGAAAAUCGGCAAAACAUCUCUCGAGAAGUUGGACCAAGCCACUUUGAAAGAAUUCGUUGCGGCCGAAAAGGAGUUGCAACAUGGCGAGAAGAACAAACAUGCUUUCACCAUCAGCGACUUGAAGGAUGAGCUUUCGCUUAGCGUGGAAAAGGCGAUAGACAAGAACUGGCAGACAUUCCACGGCAAGUUCGAGUUUAUUCAAGAGCAGAUGUUGGAUGCCAUCAGGAAGGGAAAUCGUGAAGUCAUCAAUGCUAUCAAAGAAGGACCUCAUGACAAGGUGAAGAACGAGGAAUUCAAGGCGCUCUGGAAGGAAAUGAACUGGCGGCGUAAUGUUAAAGCCAGACUCUUCGUGACGACUCUACGUGACCACUUUCGAGAGAAGGCUCGCGAAUCAUUCGCAGACACCAACCGAGCCGAUGAUUGGACACUGCAGUAUAUCGGAAUUCACUGGUUGCAUCCAAUUAUGGAAGCCUUUGACGACGAUUACUCAGGGUAUGUUACUGUCGUCGAGCUGAAUGAAUUCACAGAUUCUUUGCCUAACGUCCUGGGCUGGAGUAUGCAGCAAUGGGUUGCAUACUGGGCAGUUGGAUGGCAACUUACUGCUCUACACUAUCGGGAUCGCAUCCAUCGCGUCCUUACGGUCAUGCAUGCUCUCCGACCUCGGAUAUGUUCCGAAAAUCGGACUCAGAUUGAUCUUUACUUGGGUGUGGUCUGGACCGAAGUCGUCGAGAUCACCAUGGCGCUUUCCGGCGAGAAGUCAGAAUUACCUGCGGGUUUAUUCUCCAAAUUCCAAGCGUAUAUUAACCAUGAAGAGAAUCGCAUUCGAAAAAACCUGGAGCGUAUCAAUUACAACCUUGACACUGUCGACGAUGUUCGCGCUGUUGCAGGACAAGGUCGAAUUGAGAAGUACAUCCUUCCACUUAUCUUUUUGCUGCUUGAGCGACAUUUGAAACUAUUCCGAGUGGCUCAGAACCGUGUUCUCCAAAAUGACGCACUUGAACCAUGUGUCGAAGGCCUAUUUACGAUACUGGAAGCUGCACAAGACCGCGUCGACGACUUGAGGGAACUUUUUCAGCAUCAAAGGCUCCAUGUGGGCCGUCAAUUUGACGUAGUUGCUUGCGGACUGUUCUCGUACCUUCAUGAUUCAUCAGGGUUGUGGUCGAAGCCUGACUUCGGCGCUCCAAACUUCCGCGCAAGCGAAAUCGACGAGAAAGAGCUCGAAGACCUGCAAUCCGAUCCGAAUCUUGAGACUGAAUUGAAACACGUUCUGCGUGACAACGAGCUAAUUGAACACUGGCUAUCUGACUCAGAACUAGAGGAGCAGCGUUCAAGACUAGAGGCGAUAAUUCCACCGGGGACACCGGGUGCCAAUGACAUCAUCGAACACCUGCUGGCUACCAUCCCAAUGCAUUUCGAAUUCGUGUGUGACGGGUGCGGUACUUCUCCUAUAUACGGUGCUCGAAUCUUCUGUUUGGAAUGUCGAACAGAUACUUCGGCAGUAUGGUGGCAUAAAGUCGAUUUCUGCGACAAUCCGGCAUGUUGGACUUCACCUCCUACAUGUCACCGUCCGACACAUGAUAUUGUCAAAACCCGCAUUCAUAUCCAACGAUUCGAUUUACCUGAUCUCUACAACAACAUUAGGAAAGUGUUGGGUAAAUUCAGAUCUGGACCGGAUGCUGCUGACCAAAUGACAAACGGAGUCAUGGAAGGCAGCGGCGAUGAUGACGACGAGGGGGAGGGGGAGGGAGAGGAGGAGGACAUGCCCAUGAGGUCACUACGGCGCCGGUGCAUCAUAUGCAGGCAUGACAUCAGAGGUGAAUGUUGGCUUUGCGUCGAAUGCGAAGAUUGUAUCUGUGAUUUCUGUGAGGCUCAACUUCUUUUACCUUGCGUGUCGUGCAAGUCGCUUUUCGUGCAGCCCGAUUGGUACUAUGGCGCAAGUACUGACGACACCUAUAUGUGCUUCAACUGCUCUAAUCGGAGCGGAGAUGUAAGCUAUCCGUCGGAAGAAAUAUCUGAGGAAUCGCAUGAAGUGGCAAGGGGCGGUUGGUCCAGUGAUGCAGGAAGCUCAGAUGAUGAAGACGCCGAAUCGUACAACCACAAUGCAGGUUUUGCCGACGAUCAUGCAUAUCGACAGGAUUAUGGACCGGAACCGGACGGGCAGUACUAUGAACAAAGCCCAAAUUAUGCCGAUGAAACGUGGGACUGGGACGAGUCCUAUGAGUAUGGUUAUGACGAAUAUUCAGACGAGGAGUCAACUUCUACGGAAGAGGACGGUGGUCACCCUCUACGCCGACAUACCCAUGCGCAUCCUCUCGUUCGACUAAAAGACCAUAUCGAAGCCCCUCUUCAGACCACGGGGCCGUCUAUCGAUGACAGGUUGACUUCCGUGGAAGUUAAGGGCCAUCAAAUGGACGACAAGCUCACCCAGCUACAGCAAAUCAUGAUACAUGGGUUUAACCGAAUUGGUGCACUUCUGGGGGCUAAUAUGGAAAGCUCUGAGCACGGUGAUGAAAACGAAGAGUGGCAGUCGCAGGGAAGGGUCUCAGCUUCGAUGGUUAUUUCAGCGUUGUCGUGAUCGAUACGCGGUUGCCUGUGUUCCGAACGUAGGGUCGACCAAGUCAAUCGUGUACGCCAGGGCUAGCAGCGUUCUCUGAUGUUUGGCGAAUCAUCCCUCUUGUACAACAGUGUAAACAUAGAAACCAUAUGAUAUUUGAGAAUCAUUUUGCCUGCAACCCGUUGUUCCCAGAAUUGAUAUACUACUAUGCUAUCACAUUUCCCGCAUUCUCGCCCUCAAUAUUCGGUGUUUACGCAUCCAUC